AUGUCUCAUACACGAUUGAUUCUAGUUGUGAUAAGUAUCUUUGCUUGUAUAGUUAUACAGACUAGAUGCAAUGCUCAAUCUACUAAUAUUGAUGAAGAAACUGGUUGUCCAUUAAAUGUCAAUCAUGUAUGCGAAAUAUGUGCUGUAGAUCAAAAUCGUUUAGGAUGUUAUUGUGAACUAAGUAAUGGAGAUGAAAUUGUUACUGCUAAUAUACUUACACCAUGUCCACGCGAAAAUGGAGAUCCUUGCAGUAAUCAUUCAUGUAAAAAUGGAGCUACAUGUGUUGCUGAAGGUUUGACUGAUUAUAAAUGCAAUUGCACUCAAGGCUUUGGUGGUGAAACGUGUAAUGAAACAUUAGCAAAAUGUUCUGAUCCAAAUAUACAAUGUUUAAAUGCUGAAUGUGUUCAAACAAAUGAUCCUGAUAUCCCUGUUUAUUGUCAAUGUUAUGAUGGUACACGACGAGAUCCAAGACAGAAUGAUUCAUGCCCAUUAAGUCCAUGUUAUGAGAAAGAUACAGAAACACCAAUCUGCCAAAAUAAUGGUACAUGUCGAAUUAUUAACAAUGGAUAUUUUUGUGAAUGUACAGGAGGUUUUGCUGGUGUCAAUUGUACAAAAUCUCUUAGAAGACCGCUUUGUGUAGAAUCACCGGGUGUUUGUGGUGAAGGAAAAUGUCAACAGUCACUUUCACCACCAUUUUAUUCAUGUAGUUGUGGUAAUCAUCCAAGUACAUUUGGUAGAAGUAUUACUGAUUUAGUUAAAUGUGAAGAAAGUGGUUGUUACGCAAUAAAUCCAUGUCAAAACGGAGGAACAUGUAGCAAUAAAGGUGUAGGCGCUUUUAUUUGUCAAUGUCCUACUCGUUUUACUGGUGCUAAAUGUGAAAGAUUUUCUGCUUGUCAUACUAAUCCAUGUAUAAAUAAUGGUAUUUGUGAAGCAUUCAAUGAAACUGUAUUUUUCUGCAAAUGUCCAACUUAUUUUACUGGUCAACGAUGUGAAACUCCUAUACCUGAUCCAUGCAUAGGAAAAUCUUGUGGUGCUUUUGGUGUAUGUCGUGAUAUUCGAGGUACUGGAGUAUGUCAGUGUAAUGAUGGAUUACAUCUUGAUGGUUCACCUUGUCAAGAUCCAUGUCUUAAUAAAACUUGUGGUCCAGGUGUUUGCACAAAACAUCCUAAUGCUACUUAUGAAGCUAUAUGUUCAUGUCCACCAGAGCGUACAGGAGAAUCAUGUGAAAAAUCACGAGAUGUAUGCCGAGAAGCACCUCGUUGUGGUGGUGGAUAUUGUAAACCAAAUUAUCAAUCGACUCGUGGUUAUAUAUGUAUAUGUGAAGGAGGAGCCGUUAAAAAUGAACCAUGUCCAUUUUCACCAACGUGCCCAAUUAAAGAUUGUGGAACACAAGGUAUUUGUGUAGAAACUGAUGGUAUUAUAACAACUCCUGGUGGCAAACCAAUCUUUUAUGUUUGUUCAUGUAAGAAUGGAUAUAUUAGUGCUGGUGAUUGUAAUGGAUUGCUCAGUACAGACGUUCCAAAUGCUGCACCUAGAUGUGGACCUAAUGGCAGACCAUAUCCGAGUCGUAACCCAAAUAAUCCAAUCGGAUGUUGGUGUAAUAAUGGUAUACAUAUUGAAGAAAUUGAUCCAAAUGGUCCAUCAUCAUACUGUCCUUAA